GCAGCGUGGCUGUGUGUCUGAAUGAAAGAAGCCUUCUCUCCCACUCCGUCCCGCUGUCCCUAUGUAAGCGGCUCACGUCUGCUGCAGCGAGUGCGCACAUGUCCAGAGCAAACACAGCCAGAUUCCACAAGUGACUUCAAGCUGGAAGUAAAUAUUUUUGCUGAAACGUCGGGCGAAGGGGAGACUUUCAACUUUCUCCCUGCUGAUUUGCUUUUAGCAAUAGGGCAGUUUUUUUUGAGGACUUCUAAGCAUCCAUUUGAAUAACUUUUUGUAAAUGGGAUGGACAUUUGUUUCAGUCACUGGAAGACUUGGACUAUUUUUCAAGAAACUGUGUUGUGAUGCACAGAUGUUUUUGCCGAUACUACUACAGUAACAAGGAGUCUCUCCACGUCAUCAGGACUUUGGGUCAUUGGUUCUGCAAACCUCCACACACCACCGGGACAGCUGCACUGCAGAGCCAAUCGUCACCAAAAGACUUCACUGGACGUGCACGAUCUCACGAAACCUUAUUUACACACAUCACAGGGGCAGCCUGCCAAAAAAAAUACCAUGUUUAGGUUUUGAGUGCUUUGCCUGACUCUGGCCAACUUGCUGGCAGGUGUGAUGCAGGGUCAGUGUGUUUGAUACACAUUCAUACUUCUACACACACAUGCACAUACCCCCACACACACACACGGUUGCCUUAAACUGAGUCUUGCAACCGCACUGGGCAGAUGUUGUGAGAGAUGUCCCAUUUGAAUUUUCAAACAAGGAAUUCCUCCCCUCACACAAUACGGUGAAAUAUCACACCCAAGCUGCUUUGAGCCAUUUGACAGACAGCUCAUUCACAUCAUGACCCCACAGACCUGUAAUCUUCAGCGCGUCUCUGUGCUGCACCUCCUCCUCCUGGUCCUGCUGCUGCUCCUCCAGGCCUGGCGGGGGUGCUGUCACCCCCAGUGUUUGGACUACAAGCCCCCGUUUGAGCCACGGAAGCCGCUGGCUUUCUGUAAGGAGUACUCCAAGUUUGGAUGCUGUGAUCUGGAAAAGGAUGAGGAGAUAUCACUCAGGUUCUACACCAUCAUGGACAACUUUGACCAUUCAGGUUACAUGACCUGUGCCCGGUACAUACGCAGCAUCCUCUGCCUGGAGUGUUCUCCGUACGCUGCCCACCUGUAUGAUGCCGAAGAUGCAAACACGCCCAUGCGCACGGUGCCCGGACUGUGCGGCGAUUACUGCUCCGAAUACUGGCAGCAGUGUCGCUACACGCUCAGCCUCCUCCUGGAGGACUCGGGGAGUCCGGAGCAGUUUGCAAACCUCACCGCAACUAUAGAAGAAGAUCGCACCAUGUUCUGCAACUUUCUGGAGCUGAAGGACAAACAGUACUGCUAUCCUAAUGUGUUGACAAAUGCAGCUCUCAAUGCCAACCUGGGCUCGGUACGUGAGGAUCCCGAAGGAUGUCUGGAGCUGUGCUUGCAGGAGGUGGCCAACGGGCUCCGUAACCCGGUGGCCAUGAUCCACGCAAACGACGGGACUCAUCGCUUCUUGGUGGCGGAGCAGCUGGGCUACGUGUGGGUCUACCUGGCCAACGGCUCACGGAUCGAUCGCCCUUUCCUCAACCUCACCCGAGCCGUCCUCACGUCGCCGUGGGCUGGAGACGAGAGGGGGUUCCUCUGCAUAGCCCUUCACCCGAGGAUCAGUGUGGUCAGAAAGGCCUAUGUGUACUACUCCGUGUCGGUCAAGAAGGAGGAGAGGAUCCGGAUCAGCGAGUUCACGCUGCUAACACAUGAUGACAACCAAGUGGACCACUCGUCUGAGAGGACCAUUCUUGAGGUUGCAGAGCCGGCAUCCAAUCACAAUGGAGGACAGCUUCUGUUUGGCCAUGACGGGUACUUGUACAUCUUCAUCGGGGACGGUGGCCGAGCGGGGGACCCAUUUGGAAAGUUUGGCAACGCACAGAACAAGUCGACACUCCUUGGCAAGGUGCUGCGCAUUGACGUCGACGACAAUGACGACGGCGCCCCGUACAGCCUCCCCUCAGACAACCCCUUCCUGAGGGAGAACGAGGCUCGACCGGAGAUUUAUGCCUACGGGGUUCGAAACAUGUGGCGUUGCUCCAUUGACCGAGGCGACCGCGCCACAGGCAGAGGCGAAGGCCGGAUGUUUUGUGGUGACGUUGGCCAGAACAAAUAUGAAGAGGUGGACAUCAUUGUCAAAGGAGGCAACUAUGGAUGGAGGGCCAAAGAAGGCUUCAGCUGCUACGAUCGCAAACUCUGUCAAAACUCCUCGCUAGACGACAUCUUGCCCAUAUUUGCUUACCCCCACAAGUUGGGCAAAUCGGUGACAGGAGGGUACGUCUACAGAGGCUGUCAGAUGCCUAACCUCAAUGGACUCUACAUCUUUGGGGACUUCAUGAGCGGGCGACUGAUGUCUCUGAAGGAGAACGUCACUUCGGGUGAAUGGCAGUACAAUGAGGUCUGCAUGGGAAGAGGCCAGACCUGCAGGUUCCCCAAACUCAUUGACAGUUACUUUAAAUACAUCAUCUCUUUUGCCGAGGACGAAGCCGGGGAGCUGUACUUCUUAGCCACCGGAUCCCCGAGUGCCACAGCGAGGGCCGGAGUCAUCUAUAAGAUAGUGGAUACUUCCAGACGAGCAGCACCAGGAAAAUGCAGCAUCAAGCCUUUGCCUGUCAAGAUAAAGGGAAAACUGAUUCACUUCCACCCCAAAGAAGAGUUUGUAAUCAACAAGAAACCAACUACAACACCCGUACCCACGACAACCACAAGAAAACCAACAACACCGAGGAGAAAAUCACCCAUAAUAAUAAUAAAACCACCGAUGCCAACAAGGAAAACAACAAGACAGAAGCCACAACCACCGACAGCAGCAACAACAGCAAGAAAAACAACAUUACCGACAACAAGAAAAACAACAAUGAGAAAAACGACCUCAGCGACAUCAACACAACCGGCGGCUGUCCAGAUGACCACGGCAACAACCCCCGCCACCACCUCAGCCACUGGUUAUCGCACAACCGGCGCCACUGCAGCCGUCUCUAGGAUCGCUCAAAUCCCAAUCGCCACCCUUCCCAACGGGAGACACUGGAAACCCCUUCAGCACAGCCCUUUUACCACCUCCCGACCUCUGACCCCACCACCACCACCACCACCUCCGCACGCCACAGCUCCGAAACCACCGCGCGUGUCUCUGACCACAGCUCGGGCGCCGUACUGCAGCCAGAGUCCGCCGCUCAACACAACUCUUCCCAAAUCACGGGAAGACGGGCUGCGGCUCGGAGAGAAGCCGGAACGCCGCGGGGACGGUAACCAAGUGCACAAGAGGCCUCGAGGACGAGGUAACGGCCACAAGAGGGGGAGAGGAGAAAAAGGGCCUCGGGCCGGCUCGGUGCGCCUGGUGAGCGCUGAAGGUUUGUCAAGCCGAGGGCGAGUGGAGAUAUUUAUCCGAGGCGAGUGGGGGACGGUGUGCGACGACCUUUUCACCAGCAAAGCAGGCGGCGUGGUGUGUCGACAGCUGGGCUUCGCCGGCGCGUUGGCGGUGAUGAAGAGGGCCGCGCUGGGCGAGGCCGACCGCAGCGUCAGGAUCCUGUUGGACGACGUGGAGUGCGAGGGCGGGGAGAGAUCGCUGCUGGAGUGCAGAAGAUCCCGGGUGGGGAAACACAACUGCUCCCACGGGGAAGAUGUCGGGGUGAUCUGCGGUUAGAAGCGGAGGAGACAGAAGCACGCAGAAAGUGACAGGAGGGGGGGGAAAAAUUGAGAACUAUUUGACAAGAAUUUAAAGAUGGUAUAAAAAGUUAUUAAAGACUACUGGUGAUGUCAGUUUGCUUACAUGUCUAUGAUUGUAUUUUCUAAUGUUUUCUAGAUUUCAAAUUGUUUUUACCUUCAUCAUUUCCCGGCUACAGUCAAAUGCAAAAAAAAAUGGCCAUAUACGGUUUGAUUUUAUUACUAAUUCAGGAGGAGCAUUGAGUUUUAGAGUUUCUCUAAAACUCUCUCACUGAUACUAUACAAGCCUUUGAUGAGCCCUAAAAAGUGAAUUUAGAGAGAAGGAUCUACAAAUUGGGUCUGAAUAGUACAUCCAGGGUGUCAAAGUGAUUCAGAGGAUGGAAACGGUUAAAAAGAUAAAAAUAGAACCUAAAAGCUACAGAUCACAGUGAAAAAGUGAACGUCCAUCAUUGUGUUGGAUAGCAUUCAGGAAGAAACCUCUAGGCCCGAAAAGGGAAAUCUGGCUGCAAAAAAAACAACAGAUGGCCGACGGCCAAAAGGCCGACCUCGAGGCUUCCAACUGACCUUCCACAAACUGAUGGGUGACGUCGUGGUGACUUUCUCCACGUCUAAUAUACAGUCUGGGACCUCUCGCCAAGGCAAUCUCAUGACCUUAUAUGCCAAUCACUCAUUCUCCCCCACCGUGCAAUAAAGAACCUGCUUCCAUCAGAAUUCAUUACAGCUAUAGGUUAUAAUGGAACAAGUCGUUUCAGACAAAUUGCUUUGGCAGCCUUAACGAUGCCUUUGGAAGGCGUUUGUCAUCUAAAUAUAGUUAAUUGUAGUGUUUGGACUUUCAUUUGUUAAAGAAUAUAAAUGCUUCAUUAUUUUUAGUGAAUGUUGUGAGUUCAUUUUCAUUUGAAAUAAUGGUGCCAAGCAAAGGACGCACACUUAAUAUAUAUAAUAUGUGUAAUAAGUGUUGAUCAAUAUAUAUAUAAACUCAAAUGCUCAAAUAGUGACUGAGUGAGUGAUGGAGAAACUUUAAUCAUAUUGUUUCUUUCUUCUCUCUUUUGAUACUCUCUAGACGAGCAUGAGGCAAACAGCAUAUCUUAGAAUAAUGAAGUGUGUUCUGGGAAGACAUUUGUAUUUUUUUAUUGUAUAGUUUCAGAAGGUCUAUUUUCAAAAAAAUCUUUUUCAAAUAAGCAUUUUGUGUUUUAAGUUUGAAAAAAGUCAAGAGGGAAAUGCUGGACAUUCUUUAUGAUGAACAUAAUUAAAUGUUUCCACUAUUAAGUGCA